AAGUUUGCCAGCAAGAAAAGAAAGUCAACUAAACAAACAGUGAUUUUCAACGGUCCUAUUAGUGGUGGCACAAUUAACGGCAUCAAUAACGGUGAAGUUCACUGUACUAAUGAACCAAGCUCAAGUAGACAUAAUAAUGUACUCAAGCGAAAGGUCGAAGGAGAUGAAGAAGAUACAGAAGACAAAUCAGAGAAGAAUAUCUUAAACAAUGACAAUAAAUCAAGCUGCUGGUCAGAUUGGCUCCCCUAUCUCGAAAUGCAUGAAUCAGCCUUUCAUCCAUACAGUCCAGAGGCAAACAACAUUAUCCGAUCUGGCAACGGGGUAUCUCCAAAACCAUACCUUGAUCGUGAUUUAUACAACAAACACAUGAAAGCGCGAGCCAUCGAUACCCAACCAAUUCCUCAUGCCUUCCAUAAAUAUAUUGACGCAUACAUUGACUCUAAUAAUUUUGCCAAGGCUAAAAAGGAGAUAAGAUCUCUCUCCUUAUUACUAUCAAUGGAAGAAGAAGGUAUCUACCACAACAUCAGUAACAUGGAAUUCCUUGAACAGCUUUUGAUUAAAGUACAUACAUCCUAUACAUCCCAUAUUGAUUAUCAAUCUAGUGAGGAUACCUUCAACCAACUAUUUGUCUGGCCUUACCUUAAUACCACUGGGAGGAGCAUUGUAACCCAUGACUGUAAGUCUAAUUUCUUACAAGGACAGCCUGUUUUGGAAAGUAUGAAUAGACAGCUUAAGGCUUUGAAUCUUUUUGUCGACGAGAAGAGUCAAAACAAAUCGGAUGGCUUGAUAAAGCUUUUUGGAUUAAAGAACCUAGAACUUGUUUUACUCGAAACUUCUGGCCAUUUCACAAACAGCGACAAGGGUAAAAUUAAACUGGACCACCAUAAAGGAAUGUACGGUGUCCUUUCAAUGCUUAAAUGCGUCGCUGACGAUUUCUCGUUCGCGUCUGCUGACAAGUUUAGUUCGGUCAAAGUAUUUUUUAUUCAUACCGCAGAAACAGAAUUGCAUUUGUGGAGUGUGCGAUAUCAAGAUGGGCUUUACGACUUUUGGAGAGAACACUGUUUGGAAAUUCGCCCUGAUUUUGAAGAUAGGGCUAUGUUUGUUCCACAAUUAAUUGAAUUUUGCUGGAACGUAAAGUAUUUGUUGGAAAAGGCGGUGGAAGAUAUUAUAGAAGUAAAGAAAGACCAUCAAAUAAAUAGCGCAAAAUAUCGAUAUAAUCCUCAAGAAUGUAUCCAGCUCAGCGCUAUCAUCAACCCAAUAAUUUUGAAGUUGACAAAAGAGGAUGAUAAUGAAGGUAUGGGAAAGCUUGGCCCAAUGUAUUCCCCCCCCUCACUAUUGAUUUUUUCCCUGCAUCAUUCUUUAUAUUUCCAUUAUCGUUGUAUUUUUAUAAAAUAAAAGUGUUGUAGUGGAGUAAUCUCUUAAUACAAAUAUUAUUUAAA